UUCGUUUAAAAGAUUUUUAAAGAUGACAACCGUCGAGAAGCCUCAAGUGACUGCACAACCUGUUCAAGUUUUUGGUCGAAAAAAGACUGCUACUGCUGUGGCAUAUGCCAAAAAGGGAAAAGGAUUAAUCAAGGUCAAUGGCCGUCCUUUAGAAUUUUUGCAACCGGAAAUUCUUCGUAUCAAGCUACAAGAGCCAUUGUUGAUUGUAGGAAAGGAUAAAUUUGCUGGAAUGGAUAUUCGCAUCCGUGUUAAAGGUGGUGGUCAUGUUGCACAAAUUUAUGCAAUUCGACAGUCAAUUGCUAAAGUUUUGGUGGCUUAUUACCAGAAAAAUGUGGAUGAGCAAAGUAAGAAAGAAUUGAAGGAUCAACUUGUUGCUUACGAUCGUAAUUUGCUUGUUGCCGAUCCGAGACGUCACGAGCCAAAGAAGUUUGGAGGACCUGGUGCUCGUGCUCGUUACCAGAAAUCUUAUCGCUAA